CACCAAACCGGCACCAUGGGUCAUCUGGUGACAUUAGCAACAUGCAAUCUCAACCAAUGGGCCUUGGACUGGGAAGGCAAUCGUGAUCGCAUCAUUGAAAGUAUUCGACAAGCCAAGGCUGCUGGCGCUACCCUGAGAGUUGGCCCCGAGCUUGAGAUCACCGGAUAUGGCUGUCUUGAUGCAUUCAUGGAGGGCGACACUUUCCUUCACUCCUGGGAGAUGCUAGCACAGAUCAUUGACCAUGAAGACUGUCAAGACAUCGUGGUCGAUGUUGGUAUGCCAGUCAGGCACAGAAACGUCCGAUAUAACUGCCGGAUUAUCUUCUACAAUCGCAAGAUUGUCCUCAUUCGCCCCAAAAUGUGGCUGGCCAAUGAUGGCAACUACCGCGAAUAUCGGCAUUUCACCCCAUGGCAGCGCCCUCAAGAGACCGAAGACUACUAUCUCGAACAAAUCGUUGGGAAUAUUACGGGCCAGUACAAGGUUCCAUUUGGUGAUGCCGUCAUCAGCACACGUGACACUUGCUUGGGGUUGGAGACGUGCGAAGAACUAUUCACACCAAACGGACCUCAUAUUCCGUACGGACUGGCAGGUGUUGAGAUCAUAUCCAAUUCGUCUGGUAGCCACCAUGAGUUGCGGAAGUUGGACACGCGCCUUAAUCUUAUCACACAGGCCACCAAGUUGAGUGGUGGUAUCUACCUCUACGCAAACCAGCAGGGCUGCGAUGGAGACCGACUCUACUAUGAUGGCUGUGCCAUGAUCGUCAUCAAUGGUGAGAUUGUUGCUCAGGGAUCUCAAUUCUCUCUGAACGACGUAGAGGUUGUGACUGCCACCGUCGAUAUUGAAGAGGUUCGCACCUAUCGGUCCAGCGCCAGCCGUAGUAUGCAGGCGAGCAAGCAAUCCCCAUAUCAAAGAAUCGAUCUUGACGUCAGACUAUCUCGCCGGGCUGAGGAGGCUGACCCUGGCCUGACGGUUUCAGAACCGCGCAAGCCUCGAAUCCAUGACCCGGAAGAGGAGAUUGCUCUUGGGCCAGCCUGCUGGCUCUGGGAUUACCUUCGGCGUUGUGGUGUUGCUGGGUUCUUCCUAGCCUUGAGUGGAGGAAUUGACAGCUGCUCGUCUGCUCUCAUCGUUCAUUCGAUGUGUCGACAAGUCCUCAAGGCUGUUAAUGAGGGCAACGAACAGGUCAUUAAGGAUGUCCGCCGUCUGUGCGCCAAGCCCGAAGAUUCAGACUGGCUACCUUCCUCAAGCCAGGAGAUUUGCAUGUGCAUCUUCCACACGGCCUACAUGGGGACCCAAAACUCAAGUAAUGAGACCCGGGAUCGAGCCAAAAGGCUUGCACAACAAAUCGGUGCCUAUCACCUUGAUUUCAAUUUUGAUACCGUCAUCACUGCGAUCAUGAACGUCUUCACCGCGGUAACCAGCUUCCAGCCUCGCUUUAAAUUCCACGGCGGCGCCCCCGCGGAGAACUUAGCUUUACAAAACGUCCAAGCUCGGAUGAGAAUGGUCCUCUCAUACUUAUUUGCUUCAUUGCUACCGACGGUACGGCAGCGCCCUGGUGGGGGCGGUCUCUUAGUUCUGGCAUCGUCGAACGUUGAUGAAUGUUUGAGAGGCUAUCUGACCAAGUACGACGCUUCCUCCGCCGAUUUGAACCCAAUUGGCAGUCUCAACAAGGUCGAUUUGAAACGCUUCAUCGCGUGGGGAGUUCGGGAAUUCGAUAUGCCUAUCCUUACAGAGUUUUUGGAGGCAACUCCUACCGCUGAACUGGAACCUUUGGCUGCGGCCCAGUCCGAUGAAGUCGACAUGGGUGUCAAGUAUUCCGAGCUGGGUACCUUCGGAUACCUUCGCAAGGUCGCGAAACUUGGUCCUUGGUCCAUGUAUGAGAAGUUGCUCCAUGUCUGGGGCAACGAAUUCAGUCCUCGCGAGAUCUACGAAAAGGUCCGACACUUUUAUUUCUACUACGCUAUCAAUCGUCAUAAAAUGACUACAAUCACACCGGCAUACCACGCUCUUGAUUACUCUCCCGAAGAUAACAGACACGAUUUGAGACAGUUCUUGUAUCCCCCGUUCUCAUGGGCGUACAAGAAAAUGCUUGCAAAUGUCGAGUUCUGGGAAACAAAGGGCUGGAAUACUGGAAAGGGACAGAAGAAGAGUGUCAAGGCGGAUUAG